AACGUCUGCCCCGCCAUAUCGACGUCCAAGUUCGUGGAAAUUCUCUUUGAUGUGCGGUGCGAUUUGUAGAUGUUGUAGCCGACGACAGGGUUUGCCGUCGAAAUUUAAAUUGCCCUUUCACUUUUGGCGUCCGAACCAACGGUACAGGCUUUCUCACUGUAGAACGUCCACGGUCUUUUCAUGCCGCCUCGCAGUACUACACAUCUCACCGGUAUCAUGGGAAAGUUUUCUCUGUCGGCGUGGAAGGUCUGAGGAUGGAAAUGCCGUGCCUUAUGAUUUCGGCUAUAAAGGACAGGACACACAUCUCCCCUUUCCCUCAACCGCCGCAAACAUUGAAGCGUAACACGUCUCAGCGACCCAGCAACAUCGCCGCAACCAUGAAGUUUACAACAUUGGUCGUCUCCACCGCCGUCCUCGCCGGUUGCUGCACCGCAUCGCUCACCUCCAACAACGAGCGAGUCCUGAGCAAACGUCAGAUCACUCACCACCGACCCAUCUGUCCCAACAUCCCCAACGUCCCUAACCCCAUCGGAUGCCCACCCAACCCUUUCAUGCACACCAACCCCAGGCCCAACCCCGUCACCGUCCCGGAACCCUCCGUCCCGACUACCCCGGUAUUCUCGCCCGCAUGCGAGACUUUCUUCAAGCAAUGCACCGAAACCGCCACCGCCGCUGCAGCCGCGCAAGGGCAGACCUGCCCGACCGACUUCGGAUCUAUGUGCACAAAACUCACCGCGAACCUCGCGACCGAUGUCGGCAUGUGCGCCACCUGCACCACCGGCCUGCCGCUCUUCAUCAAGGACGCCGGCGUCCAGAUGCCCCAGUGGUACAACAUCUCCGGCCUGGCGCCCACAUCGCUCGCCGCCAGACAGGCGUUCAAAGAUCUGUGCACCAAGAGUUGCCCUGUGGAUGGCCUAGGACCCGUCAUCGAGGUGGAUUCCUUGGUUGCGACGUGCCUGUGCGCGAAGGGGACGGUGCCGGAUUUCGCGACGCUUCCUAAAGUCGAGUAUGCGAAUGGAGGUGUGGCGAACACCGUUAUGCUCCCCGUUGGCGCAGCCGGCAAUACUACCACCUCCGCACCUGUGGUGGCGCCCACGCCGGUUGCAACGCCCCGUGUGACGGGCCCGAGCGCUUCCGUCUCUGUCCCGGUUGCUGUAUCGUCUCCUUCAACUGCCGCCGCGGCCGGCGGGAGCGAUGCGACCAUCCCAAGUGGGGCCGCGACUGUCGCUCAUGGUAGUGGGCUGGGCGUCGCUGCGUUGGUCAUGGCCGUUUUCGUGUCCUCGCUGUAGAUAGAUUCUCUGACCCGAUGUCCGCUGUUGAUGCGGUGCGAUGAAAGGAUAGAGAUAAGUAGAAUCUUCUCAUAGAUCCAACGCUGAUGUAAAAAUAAUAAACUAUAGCCUUACCACUGCACAUAUCAACUCUGCGAUCGUUCCGUCUCACGUUCACCUCGCGACUUCUGGAUUGCCGGUUAGGAACCUAUUAUUCGUUUCUUGACUGCAUGUUGGAGGAGCGCACGCCCACGUAUAUCGCUACGCAUACGUACUGGGAUGUCUAAGUUCCCAACAGUGACACUCGACAUACAGUAGCUCAUCGUGGCCCGUCCGUAGCG